CAGGGGAGGAGUCAGGGAAGGAAGCUUUUAAGGAAGUAGAGGCCUGUCCCAUGGACACGUGGGAUCCGGGCAUCGGCUGAGUCACAAAUCCUGGAAGUUCAGGGUCAUAAAAAGGAAGUUCUGCUGGUCCACGCAAGGCCUUCCUGUUUUUUGGCCCUGAAUCCUCAGAGGCAGGCUCUCCAGGGCCAAAGUUCCCACAUCACCUUCACCUCCCAGGGUUCGGAAUCUUGGAGCUCUGAGGCCAAGACAGGGCAUAACAAUGUCCCUGCUGCUCAGACGGGGAAACUGAGGCACAGGGCUUGCCUGAGGCUCCCCAGAAGGACAAAGCUACAGGUUUCUCACUCAGGACCUCCAGACUGCACCCCCGCUGGUAGGGGUGUGGAGGGCUGGGUUCCAGAGGGUGAGUUCUGCUCACACUUCCACCAACCGAUCAUCACCCGGAGGGAGUCUCCACGCUGCACAGCCGGGCCGGUUCUUCAAAUACCUUGAACGGGAGCGGAAAGCAUGCUCGCUUGAGAGGUAGUGAGGUGCCUGUCACAGAGGUAAUCUAGCAGAGGUCAGAAAGGCUGGACUUGGUCUCAUUUCUCGUCGCCCCGACCUCGCCAUGCGGACCCUGCGAGCGCCCCCUCCUCGCCCGGCCCCACUGCUCCUACUGCUGCUACUGGGGGGAGCCAACGGCCUCUUCCCCGAGGAGCCGCCGCCACUUAGCGUGGCCCCCAGAGACUACCUGAACCACUACCCCGUGUUCGUGGGCAGCGGGCCGGGACGCCUGACCCCCGCAGAGGGUCCUGACGACCUCCACAUCCAGCGAGUCCUGCGUGUCAACAGGACCCUGUUCAUUGGGGACAGGGACAACCUGUACCGGGUGGAGCUGGAGCCCCCCACGGCCACGGAGCUGCGGUACCAGCGGAAACUGACCUGGCGCUCCAACCCCAGUGACAUCAACGUGUGUCGGAUGAAAGGCAAGCAGGAGGGCGAGUGUCGAAAUUUUGUAAAGGUGCUGCUUCUUCGGGACGAAUCCACGCUCUUUGUGUGCGGUUCCAAUGCCUUCAACCCCGUCUGUGCCAACUACAGUAUGGACACACUGCAGCCCCUUGGGGACAACAUCAGCGGCAUGGCCCGUUGCCCUUACGACCCCAAACAUGCCAACGUUGCCCUCUUCUCUGAAGGGAUGCUCUUCACGGCCACAGUUACCGACUUCCUAGCCAUCGACGCUGUCAUCUACCGCAGCCUGGGGGACCGGCCCACUCUGCGAACCGUGAAACAUGACUCCAAGUGGUUCAAAGAGCCCUACUUUGUCCAUGCGGUGGAGUGGGCCAGCCACAUCUACUUCUUCUUCAGGGAGAUCGCAAUGGAGUUUAACUACCUGGAGAAGGUGGUGGUGUCCCGCGUGGCCCGGGUAUGCAAGAAUGACCUGGGAGGCUCCCCUCGGGUGCUGGAGAAGCAAUGGACAUCCUUCCUGAAGGCGCGGCUCAACUGCUCUGUGCCCGGGGACUCCCACUUCUACUUCAAUGUGCUGCAGGCCGUCACCGGUGUCGUCAGCCUUGGGGGCCGGCCCGUGGUCCUCGCUGUUUUCUCCACCCCCAGCAACAGCAUCCCCGGCUCAGCUGUCUGCGCCUUUGACAUGACUCAGGUGGCCGCUGUGUUUGAAGGCCGCUUCCGUGAGCAGAAGUCCCCCGAGUCCAUCUGGACACCCGUGCCGGAGGAUCAGGUGCCACGGCCCCGACCCGGGUGCUGUGCGGCCCCCGGCAUGCAGUACAAUGCCUCCAGCGCCUUCCCCGAUGAGAUCCUCAACUUCGUCAAGACCCAUCCCCUGAUGGACGAAGCGGUGCCCUCUCUGGGCCACGCGCCCUGGAUCGUGCGGACUCUGAUGCGGCACCAGCUGACGCGAGUGGCUGUGGACGUGGGCGCUGGUCCCUGGGGCAACCACACCGUUGUCUUCUUGGGCUCCGAGGUGGGCACCGUCCUCAAGUUCCUCAUCUGGCCCAAUGCCAGCACCUCGGGCACCACUGGGCCCAGUGUCUUCCUGGAGGAGUUUGAGACCUACCGGCCAGACAGGUGUGGACGGUCGGGCGACGGCGAGGCAGGGCGGCGGCUCUUGAGCCUGGAGCUGGACACAGCCUCGGGUGGCCUGCUGGCGGCCUUCCCCCGCUGCGUGGUCCGCGUUCCCGUGGCCCGCUGCCAGCAGUACUCAGGUUGCAUGAAGAACUGUAUUGGCAGUCAGGACCCCUACUGCGGCUGGGCCCCUGAUGGUUCCUGUGUCUUCCUCAGCCCCGGCACCAGAGGCACCUUUGAGCAGGACGUGUCAGGGGCUAGCACCUCAGGCUUAGGGGACUGCACAGGACUCCUGCGGGCCAGCCUGGCGGAGGAGCGCGCCGGGCUGGUGUCGGUGAACCUGCUGGUGACGUCGUCGGUGGCGGCCUUCGUGGUGGGCGCCGUGGUGUCCGGCUUCAGCGUGGGCUGGUACGUGGGCCUCCGCGAGCGGCGCGAGCUGGCGCGCCGCAAGGACAAGGAGGCCAUCCUGGCGCACGGCGGCGGCGAGGCGGUGCUGAGCGUCAGCCGGCUGGGCGAGCGCCGGGCGGCGGGCCCCGGGGGCCGGGGCGGCGGCGUCGGCGGCGUGGUCGUCGGCGGCGUCGGCGGCGCCGGGGGGCCCCCCGAGGCCCUGCUGGCCCCCCUGAUGCAGAACGGCUGGGCCAAGGCCACGCUGCUGCAGGGCGGCCCCCACGACCUGGACUCGGGGCUGCUGCCCACGCCCGAGCAGACGCCGCUGCCGCAGAAGCGCCUGCCCGCGCCGCAUCCGCACGCCCUGGGCGCGCGCGCCUGGGAGCACGGCCACCCCCUGCUCCCGGCCUCCGCCUCCUCCUCCCUGCUGCUGCUGGCGCCCGCCCGCGCCCCCGAGCCGCCGCCCGCGACCCCCGCGCCCGGCGAGCCGGCCCCCGACGCGCGCCUCUACGCCCGGCCCGGCCGCGCCUCGCACGGCGACUUCCCGCUCACCCCGCACGCCAGCCCGGACCGCCGGCGCGUCGUGUCGGCGCCCACGGGCCCCUCGGACCCAGUCCCCGCCGCCGCCGCAGCCGCCGACGGCCUCCCGCGGCCCUGGAGCCCGCCGCCCACGGGCAGCCUGCGGAGGCCCGGCCCGCACGGCCCGCCGGCCGCAGCCCUGCGCCGCACGCACACGUUCAACAGCGGCGAGGCCCGGCCCGGUGGCGACCGCCACCGCGGCCGCCACGUUCGGCCCGGCACGGACUUGGCCCACCUCCUCGCCUACGGGGGCACGGACAGGACUGCGCCCCCCGUGCCCUAGGCCGGGGCCCGACGCCUCGGCGGUGCCAGCCACGGGAACCAGGAGCGAGAGAGCCGGCCCAGCUCCAGUGGGUGCUCAAGACCCCCGCCCCCGCCCGCGUGGGGGGCCCCUCGGCCACACGGA